CCACCAAUAUUGUACAGCAUUCUGCUGAAUUGAAAUGGUUACCUGACUGGUACGUCGCUGCCGCUAGAGGGCCUCCAGUUAACUCACUUAUUCAGGCUGGGAAUGCUAGAAAUUUCACGUACAUCGUUGAGAGUUCGUCAAAAGAGUAGGGAUGAUCACCUUAUCCAAGAAGAGGAAGGAGAAUGCAGCUCGGCAAGCAAAUAACUCACACUCCUCCCCAAAGGCUGGCGAUAACUCCAAGAGAGUUUCAGUCCGAGAUAUGCUGCUGAGGAAAGAGGUGCCAGAGAUGGAUGCAAAUCUACCCGCGUGCUGUACAGUGCAAUAUGAAGAUGUUGAUAAGCUGCAUUCUUUACAACUCACAGUGGAGCCAGAAGAAGGUUACUGGCGAGGCGGUAGAUUCAUCUUCAGUAUCUACGUCCCAGAGGAGUACAAUAUUGUGCCACCAACAGUCAAAUGUCACACAAGAAUAUGGCAUCCAAACAUAUCAGAAGAUGGUAAAAUAUGUCUAAGUAUACUCCGGGAACAUUCAGUAGAUGGAACAGGCUGGGCACCUACCAGGAGAAUGAAGGACGUAAUAUGGGGCCUUAGUUUCCUCUUCACAGAUUUACUCAACUUUGACGACCCACUAAACAUAGAAGCGUCCGAGCAUCAUCAACGUAGUAAAAGUGACUUUGAAGCAAAGGUGCAUCAUUACGUAGAACGCUACGCCAAAAGAUGAUAUCGGUAGGGGGGGGGGUGGGGCAGGGCAAAGGAACAAAGUGGCUUGUUUGUUAAGCAUAGCUGUUGAACUAACUACAUAAGAAAUCUUCAAAGGAGAUGUUACCAGAGCUUCAGAUCUCAGAUAUUGUUUUUUUUUUUUCCAUUUAUCUCAAAGCCUCCAAAAUGCAUCCCCGGGUGUUGCUUGAUUUUAUGGAUUCUGAACGCAAUAACCCAACUUAUGUAUAGCACUGGGGUUUAUACAUAAGUGAAUGUUGUUGCUGAGUCACUGUUGGCUGGACAAUACUCAAGGAGCGGGACAUGAAUGUAGUGUUCAUGUUUACAAGAGUUGACUGUCUCGAUCAAAACGUGGAACCGAUCUUGAACAGCAGACAGCACAUUUAUGAUAUCAUCAAAGCAUCAUUGGCUGUGUGUCCGACAGCAUUGACAGCAACCAAGCAACAAAAUGGAGGUGUUCAUUCCACAUAAAAAAGUCAAAUGUAAGAUGAUAAAGUAUUGUUUAGGAAUAAUCUUAUUUUGCUUGUUUGGAUUUGAGGCAAGUUGUGACAUACAUUGUACAGUGUCGGUGUUGAACAUUGUAUCCAGGCUGUCUGCUAAAAUGCCUACUGCAUGUCCUUCCAACUGCCUGUCAUUUUUCAUGAUUUUACCAGAAUUUAUGAAAAAUGUACCCAACUGAAACAAGGUCAUCUAAUUUUAAUUUCCCCCUUGGUAAUUUAUGCAUAAAAUGAGUAAAAACAUUGAUAAAAUGGUUGAAUUGCAAUGAUGGUACAUGUAGCUGUGUGAUUGCCUGAAAUGUUUGCUGCUGAUGUGAGUGCUCAAGUUUUAUAAAAAUGCUCACUUUAGUCUCAGUUCUAACUUCUGUAUGACAAUCACAAGAUAUUAUUGGUUUGAUUCGUACCAAGCUGACCGCUGAUUUUACCUGACUAGAAUAUAAGUAUUGUCGUCUAGGUACUGAAUCACAAUUUGUUGGUUUGUGCAACUCAUAAUCAUAGACGAUAAACCGAUG